CCCGCGAGCCCGAUGGAUCAGAUGGGGAAGAUGAGGCCCCAGCCCUACGGAGGGAACAACCCCUACACGCAGCAGGCGGGGCCGCAGGCGGGGCCGCAGCAGGGCCACGGCUACCCCGGGCAGCCCUACGGGCCCCAGGGCCCCCAGAGAUACCCCAUGGCCAUGCAGAGCAGGACGCAGAGUGCCAUGGGCAGCAUCUCCUAUGCACAGCAGAUGCCUCCGUACGGGCAGCAGGGCCCCAGCGCGUACGGGCAGCAGAGCCAGAGCCCCUACUACAACCAGCAGAGCCCUCACCCGCAGCAGCAGCAGCAGCAGCAGGCUCCCUACUCGCAGCAGCAGCAGCAGCAGCCCGCUCACUCGCAGCCCUCGUACCAGCAGCAGCAGCAGCAGCAGGCGCAGCCCCCGGCCCCGGCGCAGCCGCCGUACUCGCAGCCGCCGGCGCAGCCGCCCCAUCAGCAGCCCCCCAGCCCGUACCCGCAGCAGGCGGCCCCGCAGCACGCCCAGGGCCAGCCCCCCUACUCCCAGCAGCAGUCCCAGUCGCCGUACCAGCAGCAGCAGGCGCAGCAGCCCGCGGCCCCCGCGGCGCUGGCACAGCCCUCCUCGUCGUACCCGCCGGCGCAGCCGCCGCAGCAGCCCUCGGCCUACGGCCAGCAGCGCUUCCCCCCGCCUCAGGAGUUAUCUCAAGACUCGUUUGGGUCCCAGGCAUCCUCUGCUCCCUCAAUGGCUUCCAGUAAAGGGCAAGAAGAGAUGAACUUGAAUCUUCAGUCCAGACCUUCCAGCCUGCCGGACCUGUCUGGUUCCAUAGAUGACCUGCCCAUGGGGACCGAAGGAGCCCUGAGCCCUGGAGUAAGCACAUCAGGGAUUUCCAGCAGCCAAGGAGAGCAGAGUAACCCAGCUCAGUCUCCUUUCUCGCCACAUACCUCUCCUCACCUGCCAGGCAUCAGAGGACCCUCCCCCUCCCCAGUUGGAUCUCCAGCCAGCGUUGCUCAGUCCCGCUCCGGCCCCCUGUCCCCUGCUGCAGUCCCAGGCAAUCAGAUGCCUCCCCGCCCUCCCAGCGGCCAGUCGGACACGAUCCUGCACCCCUCCAUGAACCAGUCGGGCAUCGCGCAGGACCGAGGGUACAUGCAGAGGAACCCCCAGAUGCCCCAGUACAGCUCCCCCCAGCCCGGCUCAGCCUUAUCCCCCCGGCAGUCCUCGGGAGCACAGAUGCACGCCGGCAUGGGGCCCUACCAGCAGAACUCCAUGGGGAGCUACGGACCCCAGGGCGGCCAGUACGGACCUCAAGGAGGGUACCCCAGGCAGCCAAACUACAACGCCAUGUCCAACGCCAACUACCCCAGCCCGGGCAUGGGGGGCAGCAUGAACCCCAUGGGGGCGGGCAGCCAGAUGCGCCUCCUGGUUAUCCCAACAUGAACCAGGGGGGAAUGAUGGGCACUGGGCCUCCUUAUGGGCAGGGAAUUAACAGCAUGGCUGGCAUGAUGAACCCCCAGGGCCCCCCCUACCCCAUGGGGGGCAACAUGGCCAACAACUCUGCAGGGAUGGCAGCCAGCCCUGAAAUGAUGGGACUCGGGGAUGUCAAAUUAACACCUGCAACUAAAAUGAACAACAAGGCAGAUGGGACGCCCAAAGCAGAAUCCAAGUCAAAGAAGUCCAGUUCCUCUACCACGACCAACGAGAAGAUCACCAAGCUGUACGAGCUGGGAGGGGAGCCCGAGAGGAAGCUGUGGGUGGAUCGAUACCUGGCCUUCACUGAGGAGAAGGCCAUGGGCAUGACCAACCUGCCAGCCGUGGGCAGGAAGCCCCUGGACCUGUACAGGCUCUACAUCUCUGUCAAGGAGAUCGGGGGAUUGACUCAGGUCAACAAGAACAAGAAGUGGCGUGAGCUGGCCACCAACCUGAACGUGGGCACGUCGAGCAGCGCAGCCAGCUCGCUGAAGAAGCAGUACAUCCAGUGUCUGUACGCCUUCGAGUGCAAGAUCGAGCGCGGCGAGGAUCCCCCGCCCGACAUCUUCGCAGCUGCUGACUCCAAGAAAUCCCAGACCAAGAUCCAGCCCCCAUCUCCAGCGGGUUCAGGCUCCAUGCAGGGCCCUCAGACACCUCAGUCCACCAGCAGCUCCAUGGCAGAAGGAGGGGACUUGAAGCCACCAACUCCAGCCUCGACGCCUCACAGUCAGAUGCCGCCUUUGCCAGGCAUCAGGAGUAACUCGGUGGGCCUUCAGGAUGCCUUUGCAGACGGCAGUGAUCCCACGUUCCAGAAACGGAACUCCAUGACUCCAAAUCCAGGGUACCAGCCCAGCAUGAAUACCUCUGACAUGAUGGGUCGCAUGUCGUACGAGCCAAAUAAAGAUCCCUACAGCAGUAUGAGGAAAGCUCCAGGAAGCGACCCCUUCAUGUCCUCAGGGCAGGGCCCCAACAGUGGCAUGGGUGACCCUUACAACCGCGCCGCCGGCCCCGGCAUGGGCAACAUGGCCAUGGGCCAGCGGCAGCACUACCCCUACGGAGCACAUGAUUCCUAUGGCAAUCAAUUCUCCACUCAAGGCACAUCCUCGGGCAGCCCCUUCCCCAGCCAGCAAACCACCAUGUAUCAGCAGCAGCAGCAGAACUACAAGCGGCCGAUGGACGGCAGCUACGGACUGCCCGCCAAGCGGCACGAGGGCUGCAGAAUCACAUUCCUCAGGUAUCCAGCCCAGCACCUCUGCCCAGGCCUCUGGAGAACCGCACUUCUCCCAGUAAAUCCCCGUUCCUGCACUCGGGGAUGAAGAUGCAGAAGGCGGGGCCGCCUGUGCCUGCCUCGCACAUCACACCAGCAGCCGUGCAGCCGCCCAUGAUCCGACGGGACAUCACCUUCCCGCCCGGCUCCGUGGAGGCCACGCAACCCGUGCUGAAGCAGAGGAGGCGGCUGACGGCGAAAGAUAUCGGAACUCCUGAAGCCUGGAGAGUGAUGAUGUCUCUGAAGUCGGGGCUGCUGGCUGAAAGUACGUGGGCCUUAGAUACCAUAAACAUCCUGCUCUACGAUGACAACAGCAUAAUGACCUUCAACCUCAGCCAGCUGCCAGGCUUGCUGGAACUCCUGGUGGAAUAUUUCCGGCGCUGCCUGAUCGAGAUCUUUGGAAUCCUGAAGGAAUACGAGGUAGGAGACCCAGGGCAAAGAACACUAUUAGAUCCAGAAAGGUUCUGCAAAUCUUCAGCUUCCUCCCCUGAAGAAGGGGAGGAGGACGACGAGCCACAGAGCCUGAACUGUGAGGAGGAAGAGGAGGAUGAGGAAGAGGAGGAGGCCGCGUUUUCGAGCAAGGACAAAGUACCUCUAGAGAGCAGCGAGGAGAAGCUAGUGAGUAAAUUUGACAAGCUUCCAGUGAAGGUGGUGCAGAAGAACGACCCCUUUGUGGUGGAUUACUCGGACAAGCUGGGCCGGGUGCAGGAGUUCGACAGCGGGCUCCUGCACUGGCGCAUCGGCGGCGGGGACACCACCGAGCACAUCCAGACACACUUCGAGAGCAAGACCGAGCUGCCCUUGCCUCACAAACGAGCUUCCUGCUCCUCUGCCCUGAGGAAACGUUCAGCAGCCGAGAGCAACCCGAGCCCCAGGGAAGGGGAGGCUCCCGCGCCCGACGGCUCCGCGGAGAAGAGGAUAACUGCCACCAUGGACGACAUGCUCUCGGCACGCCCGGGCUCCCUGCCAGGCGAGGAGGAGGAGGGCAAGGCCUCGGAAACGGCCAAGGAGAGCAGCAAGUUUCCCUUUGUCAUCAGCCCAGCUCAGAGCCACAGAAAUAUAAAAAUCCUGGAGGAUGAACCCCACAGUAAGGACGAGACGCCGCUCUGCACCCUCCUGGACUGGCAGGACUCUCUGGCCAAGCGCUGCAUCUGCGUCUCCAACAUCAUCAGGAGUUUAUCGUUUGUGCCAGGCAAUGACUUUGAAAUGUCCAAACACCCUGGGCUGCUGCUGAUUCUAGGGAAACUGAUCCUCCUUCACCACAAGCAUCCAGAACGCAAACAGGCGCCCCUGACCUACGAGAAGGAGGAGGAGCAGGACCAAGGGGUGAGCUGCAACAAGGUGGAGUGGUGGUGGGACUGUUUGGAGAUGCUGCGUGAAAACACACUGGUCACGUUGGCCAACAUUUCUGGGCAGCUGGACCUCUCCCCUUACCCGGAAAGCAUCUGUUUGCCUAUCCUGGAUGGACUCCUCCACUGGGCAGUGUGUCCCUCGGCAGAGGCCCAGGAUCCCUUUCCGACACUGGGACCCAACGCUGUCCUCUCCCCUCAGAGACUGGUUUUGGAAACACUCAGCAAGCUCAGCAUCCAGGACAACAACGUGGAUCUGAUCCUGGCCACGCCGCCCUUCAGCCGCCUGGAGAAGCUGUACAGCACCAUGGUGCGGUUCCUCAGUGACAGAAAGAACCCGGUGUGCCGGGAGAUGGCCGUGGUGCUGCUGGCCAACCUGGCCCAGGGGGACAGCCUGGCCGCCAGAGCCAUCGCCGUGCAGAAGGGCAGCAUUGGCAACCUGCUGGGCUUCCUGGAGGACAGCCUGGCCGCCACGCAGUUCCAGCAGAGCCAGGCGGGGCUGAUGCACAUGCAGAGCCCGCCCUUCGAGGCCACCAGCGUGGACAUGAUGCGCCGCGCCGCCCGCGCGCUGCUGGCCCUGGCCAAGGUGGACGAGAACCACUCGGAGUUCACCUUGUACGAGUCGCGGCUCUUGGACAUCUCCGUGUCGCCUUUGAUGAACUCUUUGGUUUCACAAGUUAUUUGUGAUGUACUGUUUUUAAUUGGCCAGUCAUGACAGCUGUGGGAUCCGAGCCCCCGUGUGCGUGUGCGUGAGUGGAGAACUUAGAAACUGACUGUUGCCCUUUAUUUAUGCAAAACCACCUCAGAAUCCACUGUCUGCCCUGCGCUGUCCUGCUUCUCCCUCGGGGAAGGAUCUCCCCGGCCCCUCUCCCCCUCCCUGCCCCUCAGAUUUGUCCCCAAUCCCUUAUUAAAGGAGACAAAGUUCUGUCUACAUAGAAGAC